AUGAUGAUGAUGGGGAAGAAGAAGAAGAGGAAGACUAGAAUGAACAACGUCUAUCGACAGAAUCGAACCCAUGAAUCAUCAUCAUCAUACAGAAGCUCGAUCGACGAGAUUACUCCUGCGAAUUAG